AUGGCCCAGGCUGGGGGCGUCGUGCGCUUCCGCCCCGAGGGAGACUGCGCCGUGUCGCCCCCGGGGCUCGCCCCCCCCCCGGAUCGGAGGCCCUGGCUGCCCCCCGCCAAGAGCCUGGAGUCUGCUUGCAGCCCGCAGCGCUGCCUCGUGCCCAACCUCAGCCCGGGCCGGAUCCAGCUACUGCGCAAGAGCCUGGCCCCCGAGGCCCAGCGGUGCCUGGCAGCAGGGGGCCCCCACGCCCUGAACGCCAGCUGCCUCUUCAGCUCUCUCUCCAACGGGCUGGGCACACCCGCGGAGCACAUCCCGGCGCUCCUGGGUUCCCCCUUGGGCACGGAGCCCCACGGCCAGGGGGGCGCUUGGGUGUACGCCCGGGAGAGCUCCGCCCAUGCCCAGCGCAUCGCCAAGGCCAAGUGGGAAUUCUUCUACGGCUCCUUGGACCCUCCGGGGACAGGCACCGCCCCGCAGGCUCCCCCCGAGUCUCGGUCUCCGGCAAAGGCCUCGCAGAAGCUCGGCUGCCGGCCGGCGGAAGCGGAGAAGCCAGUGGGCGAGCGCAGCCUGUGUCACGUCGAGGUGGAAAUCGAGGUGGCUCCUGCCGGCAGCGGCAAGCCAGGGGCCUGUGAGACGGGCAUCAUCAGGAGGACGGUGAAGUACUCGGAGACGGACCUGGACUCCGUGCCGCUGCGAUGCUACCGCGAGACCAACAUCGACGACAUCCUGGCUGAGAAGGACGAAGGGGACUCGGCCAUCGAGAGCCAGAAGGACAGCGAGAGCAACCCCAGUGUGACGGGCGCCCUGGGGCGCAGGCCCAGCGAGCCGGAGGAGCCGUUCCCCGUGCACGGGGGGGAGUGCCCGAGAAACCGGCUGCGGGGCGAGGAGGCGGACGAGGACGACGAGGUGUUCGAGGCCACGAGGCAGGAGAAGGGGGGCAGGGAGAGGGAAGAGGAGCCGGGGAGAAGGGGGAAGAGUGGCUUUCACAGCCCCUGCCGCUCCGAGGACAGCUUCGGCCUGGCCCUGGCCUCCAUCGCGAGGGAAGAGGAGCCGGGGAGAAGGGGGAAGAGUGGCUUUCACAGCCCCUGCCGCUCCGAGGACAGCUUCGGCCUGGCCCUGGCCUCCAUCGCAAGAUUGGAUGAAUUUUCCCGUGUUCUAGCCAAUCAGAAACCAGCAUGGCCUAAAGUCAUUUCCCCGCACUUCAUUACACAGAGGGCAGCACGUCAGCUGAGCGGCGCUCCCGAUGCUGUUUGUACUUUUAUGAAUGAAGCGGGUUGCUGCUCGUUUUGCUGCGCCGGGCUCCGUCUGGCUGGCUGCAAUCUGCCUCCUUUAACGGACCGGGCUGUCCGAGUGGUCCUGGACGGAGAUGAACGAGGCCUGCUCAAGUCCCCAGUGCCCUUCCUCCUGGGACACAGCCUCUCCAGGGACGGGAUGGACUCGUUCAGCAAGCAUUUCGAGAGCAUCAUGGAGUCCCACCGAGCCAAGGGGACCUCCUACACCAGCCUCGAUUCUAUCGAUGUCCUCUCCUCCCCCGCCCGGACGCCCGGCACCUAUUUCACCUUUGACCUCCCACCCUCACCCCCGAGAUACAGGACCAGAUCCGAGACAGCGCCAAGCUGAUUGAGCAGAAUUUUGCCCCCCUGGCCCACCUGGAGCCUGACUCUGGCACCAUGGACCGAGAGGGAAGAGGAGCCGGGGAGAAGGGGGAAGAGUGGCUUUCACAGCCCCUGCCGCUCCGAGGACAGCUUCGGCCUGGCCCUGGCCUCCAUCGCAAGCGACCACCCUCUGAGCCAGCUGAUCUCGGACUCGGACUCGGAGCUGGACAGCACGGAGCAGCUGGCCCUGGGCAGCACGGACACGCUGUCCAACGGGCACAAGGCCGACCUGGAGGCAGCCAAGCGCCUGGCCAAGCGGCUCUACAACCUGGACGGAUUCAAAAAAGCAGACGUGGCCCGGCACUUGGGGAAGAACAAUGAGUUCAGUAAGAUGGUGGCUGGGGAAUAUCUGAAAUUCUUCGUGUUCACUGGGAUGAGUCUGGACCAGGCUCUCAGGUCCUUUCUGAAGGAGCUGGCCCUGAUGGGGGAGACGCAGGAGAGAGAGCGCGUCCUGGCUCACUUUUCACAGCGCUACCACCAGUGCAACCCCGGCACGAUCUCCUCGGAGGUGGCCCUGCUGAGCGCCGCAGAAGUCACCCCGUGUCUCUGCCCCUCUCCCCAGAACAUCGGGAAGAGGAUGUCCUGCUCCGACUUCAUUGGGAACCUGGAGGGCCUCAAUGGUGGCAGUGAUUUCCCCAAGGAGCUGCUCAAGGUAACUCCCAUCGGGGCCCCCCUGAGGAAGUCCCUCUCCGAGCUGGCCGACCCCAACCCCAAAGCCAUCAAGCGCAUCAGCAGCGGCAGUAACCCGUUCCUGGACUUCUCGCAGGACUCCAGCAUCGCCACCUACAAGCACGGCCUGCUGGUGCGCAAGAGCCAUGCCGAGCCCGACUGCAAGAAGAGUAGGUGCCCGGCCAUGGCGGCGGAGCUGGUGGAGCAUCGCUCCUCACUGCCGGAGAAGAAGGUGAAGGGCAAGGAGUACGAGGAGCUGAAGCAGAAGGAGGAGUACCUGGAGUUCGAGGUGAGGGGGGCUCUGCCUGCCGCCCCCAGCUCGGCUCCAGCUGCUGAGACCUCGCCCGGCCUAGGGCCCGUGCCAUGGAGUGCUCCAGCACCCUCCCUGCCCCCAGCUCCUCUGCCCCCCGAGGGCCCAGGCACAGGGCCAACAUGGCUGAGGCUGGGGCCCAGGCCCCCAGGAAAGGGAGGGGGGGGGUGUCAUUCCACUGCAUUUUUAAUCCCAUCUGAAUUACGGAGAAGCACCCAGAUGUCUCGUGCAUGGAGGGGGGAUGAGCCGGGCUGCCUUCGGGGGCAGUGCCACGCCACACUGGCCAGCGCCGGCCCCAAGGUGAAGCGCAACGUGUCGGAGCGCAGCGCCCGCCCGCCCGCCGGCAGCCUGCAGAAAUCCUAG